UCCUUCCACUACUUAUUACUCCCCAAGCAUUUCUUUAACUCCUCCAUUCUCUCUCCCUCUUUGUCUUUAACUCCACCCAAAAUGGCUAAAGCUCCAUCGCAAGCGCCGCCUUCAUUUCUCUACAUCCUCAUAGUCCUCACAUUCCUUGCCUCUGUUUCAGAAUCAAGGCCCAACAUCAACUACUACGCCAAGUCAUGUCCGAGAUUCAACCAAAUCAUGCAAGACACCAUCACCAACAAGCAAAUCACCAGCCCCACCACCGCUGCCGCCACCCUCCGUCUCUUCUUCCACGACUGCAUCCUCAACGGCUGCGACGGCUCUGUCCUUAUUUCCUCCACCCCCUUCAACAAAGCCGAGCGUGACGCCGACAUCAACCUCUCCCUCCCCGGCGACGCCUUUGACGUCAUUGUGCGCGCCAAAACCGCCCUUGAGCUUGCAUGUCCCAACACCGUCUCCUGCUCUGACAUCCUCGCCGUCGCCACCCGUGAUCUUGUGACGAUGGUGGGCGGACCGUACUACAAUGUUUUGUUGGGCCGCAAAGAUGGGAGGAUCUCGAAUGCUAAGUAUGUUGAAGGUAAUCUUCCGAGACCAACAAUGCCCAUGUCUCAAGUUAUUGAUCUCUUUGCAAAGAGAAAUUUUUCAGUUCAAGAAAUGGUAGCUUUGAGUGGAGCUCACACUAUUGGCUUCUCUCAUUGUUCCGAAUUUUCUAGUAAUAUUUAUAAUUACAGUAGAACUCCUCAGUAUGACAAUGAUUACAAUCCCAGAUUCGCACAGGCUUUACAGAAAGCCUGUGGGGAUUAUAAAAAUAAUCCGAGUUUAUCUGUGUUCAAUGAUAUAAUGACUCCGAACAAGUUUGAUAACUUGUAUUAUCAGAAUCUUCCCAAGGGAUUGGGGCUGUUGGAGACGGAUCAUGCAUUGUUUAAUGAUGCGAGGACUAGGCCGUAUGUGGAAGUGUAUGCGAAGGAUCAAAAUCGGUUUUUUAAGGAUUUUGCUGGAGCAAUGGAGAAGCUUAGUGUUUAUGGGAUCAAGACUGGGAGGAGAGGUGAGAUUAGGCACAGGUGUGAUGCUUUUAACUGAGAAAGUUUUGAGCUUGUGAGGUUGGCUUUUUUUUUUCUUGUGAUUGUGGUAAUUAAAGUGUAUUGAGGAAUAGAAGAUGAUUUUUGUUCUGAAUUCUUUGUUCUUUUUGGUGGUUAUCAGGGUCUAAUUUUAUGUAUACAAGUUCAAUGUUUGUACCAAAUUAUCAUAUUAAGAGUAAUUAUACAGGUUUGUUAUUAAUUAAUCUUCUGUUUUCUGGGUUCUGUUCUUCCUGUUAAUGGCUCAACUGGGUUCCAU